CUGUAUGUGUGUGCGCGUGUGCAUGUGCAGUCAGAUCCCUGUGCAAAUGCGCAGUGAGAAAGAGCUCCGCGGUCCACAUUGCUUCAGUGUUUUGGAGCCUAACCUGUGGGUCGGUGCACCGCGGUGUGAAAAGCAUGAACGCUGGGAUCCAGCAGCUCUCAGGACGAGCAAGAGGAAGGUGCGCACCGACCAGCUGAACCCUCAGGGUCGCCAGUAGGGAACCAUGUGCAGCUCCCUGAGCCCCAAACAGCCUAUUGGCCCCGGCCUCACAGAUAUGCAGCAGUACCACCAGUGGCUGGCCAGUCGGCAUGAAGCCAGUCUGCUGCCCAUGAAGGAGGACCUGGCCCUGUGGCUCACUAAUAUUCUUGGUCUGGAAAUCACCGCCGAGAGCUUCAUGGAUCGCCUAGACAAUGGCUUCCUGUUGUGCCAGCUGGCUGAGACACUGCAGGAGAAGUUCAGGCAAAGUAAUGGAGACCUGCCUAACUCUGGCAACAGCAAGCAGAGUAUUCCCAAUCGGAGGAUACCGUGUCGGCAGAGCGCUCCCUCCGGCUCCUUUUUUGCACGGGACAACACAGCCAACUUCUUGGCAUGGUGUCGUAAGGUUGGAGUUGGAGAAACGUGUCUGUUUGAGUCAGAGGAUUUAGUUCUUCAUAAGCAGCCUCGAGAAGUGUGCCUCUGUCUUUUAGAGUUGGGACGGAUAGCAUCACGGUACAACGUGGAGCCUCCCGGCCUCAUAAAACUGGAGAAGGAGAUUGAACAAGAAGAAAAAGCACCUCCACCACCUACAUCACCUGUAUCCCCAGCUCAGCCCCUCCCUCCAUCUCCCUCUGUGUCUCCGUCCCCAUCUCCGUCCCCAUCUCCGUCCCCUUCUCCGACUCCUACCAAAGUCAACUCCAGCAAGAAAAGCACAGGGAAGCUGCUGGAUGAUGCUGUAAGACAUAUCGCUGAUGACCCCCCCUGCAGAUGUCUCAACAAGUUCUGUGUAGAGAGACAGUCACAGGGUCGAUACCGUGUUGGAGAGAAGAUGCUUUUUAUUCGGAUGCUGCACAACAAGCACGUGAUGGUGCGUGUUGGUGGAGGCUGGGAGACCUUUGAGAGCUACCUGCUGAAACACGACCCGUGCCGCAUGCUCCAAAUCUCCCGGGUGGAGGGCAAGACGUCCCCCAUUGGCAGCAAGUCCCCCAACAUUAAGGACCUCGCCCCUGACAGCUACCUGGUGGUGGCAGCCCACUACCGCAGCAAAAAGUGAAAUGUGCCAAUAAUAAACAGACACAGAGGAUGACCUCUUGCCAUCGUUUACUCCCUGAUGGACGUGGCCAUUUAACAUGCCCUUGCUUUUAUACAUAAUACAGAGACACUACUGCAUUCAUGGGAAGUCCAAUGAAAUGGAUGUUUGUGAGCAUAUGAAGCCCUGAGUCACUAGCAGGCCCUUAACAAUAUGCUUCAUUCAUUUUCUGCAGAACUGAAAAAUAGGUCAAUCAUUACAAUAUAAUUAGAAAAUAGUCAAUAUGGCCUACGGUGAUUGGCUAUAUUUGUAUGUUAAAACCUUUUUCUGAAUGAAAUUUAAGUUGUAGUGGAGGUUUCAGGGCCUUUAAGAAGCUAGUCUUUCUUAGCAACCUGGUUUGUGUGAUUGUGGAAAGCAAGUAGACGUUUGUCCAGGAAGGCAAAGUACUUAUUUACCCCUUUUUAUUUUGCCAUUUAUCUGAUAUUGAUAUCUUUACUGCUUUAGAAUACAUUUAAUACAUGCGUGGUUCCACUGACCACACUCAAGUUGCAAAUUGAACUUAAACUAUGACAUUAGAAGAAUAAGUGGAAAUUUUCCAAAGAAACAUAAUUUACCAAAUCUUUUCAUUAGAGGCCAAUGUGUAGUAUUCUUGUAAAAACUGCCAAAUUUACCCAGGAAACAAAACAUUUGUCAUAAAGUGUUCUGGCUUUUUCGUUUGUUUGUUUUUAUUGGGCAAAUUCAAAUUAAAGAAAGCUUUAGACUGUUUACAUGUUGAAUAACUACUCUAUGAAAUGCAUUUUUAUACAUUUAUCAUUUUAAUAAUUGUUUAUAAUAUUAGGAUAGUGCCUGUGUUAUAUCAUCUGUAUUGCAAGAACAAGGACAAUCACCAGUACGAGAUGCAGUAAACAGAACCUCAUUGAUUUAUGAUUAAUAGUAUAACAGUAGAUUAAUGUAUUUGAGGUUCUGCAAUUCUUCAGUUUCUUGUAUGUUACUGACCUCUAGAGGUAAUGCAAUCAUUGACACUUUAUAAUCUGUUUAAUUUCUUAAAAUGAUUAGAUUCAGAAUAUUAUCAAUCAGUGUAUUCAUCUGUGCAAUUAUUACGCAGUAAAAAUAAUAAGUGGGUUUGUCUUGAUCACUUCCUAUGCAAACAGGCUUGUACGUGAAUUACAUUUUUUGUUUUAGAUGUACAUUUUCAAUAAAUUUUCCCAACUUUAGUCUUAAUAAUUCGAAGUUUCUGCUUUGCCUGUAACAUUUUCAGCAAAAUUGGGUACGUUUCAUGACCCGCAGCCCAAAACCUUCAAGAGGAAUCUGCUUUGUAAGUAAAACCAUUUUAAUAUAUGCAAGAUUGAAAAAUAAUAUUUUUUUUUUUACUGGAUAAACUGUAGAUUUAAUAAGUCUAUAACUCAACUGCAAAAUGAUGCAACUGUAUCAUCUUAACUUAAAUAUUUCUCUUUGUAAAACUAUAAUUUUCAUGAAAUCCACACCAGAAUAGCAGAAAUGUGAUUUAUUGUAGCAAAUAACAUUGGCUAGAUUUCCUGUUCUACAAAAUGGUGAGAGCACCGGAAGCAUUUAAGGAUCAAGUGUAAGAAAUGCACUCGGUUUAGCAAGUCAAACUACUUCACAACGUACUCUACACACUUCACUUGUUUCUUUUCCUUCAUCUUUUUUCUGUUUCUGUUACAGUUGACAUGAAUCUCUCCCAACCGAGUGUUAGCAAGCAUGUUUGCUGUUCACCAAAUGUUGACAAACUGUGUGCGAAUAGAUGUCUAACAAAAGCUUCUGUUUGCAAUAUGGCAAUUCACAGACACAUUUCAUAGCAUUUAAAUUAAGCAGGCAUCGCAUCAGUGUUUAGCAUACAUUGUAAUCAAAUGCAACAAACUCAAACAAUUGUGCAGAAACAAAACAAAAAAGGGCUUAUUUAUUAGAGGAGUGAUUGGAAAGAUGAGUGCAAAGUGCAACAGGCCAUGUGCACAAAGUCAUUAACAGCUUGUCUUUGUGCGCUCCUUUUCAUCGAUAGUGGCUGGAGAAUGUUUUAGUGUUAAGUGUUCCUGACUGAACUCCCAAAUUAGUGUAUAAAGUAAUGUUGCAUCAAGAACAGGUGUGCUUUUCAAACAUAUUCUGAGCACAAUGUUGAAGACACAACACCUUGCAUUUAAUUCCUCAUCAACAAGGGACUUGUAUGUGACAUGCACUAGUCACGAAAACAGCCAACGGACAGGCAAAGUGCAUUACAAGUUCAGUAAAUACCAACAAGUUUGCACUGUUUGCACAAGUCUUUAUGUUGCCACCAGAUUCAGCCCUACAUAAGGUGAAAUGAAUAUUAACUGUGCUUUUUUUCAAAAUUAUAUACUAAUCCUACAAUAAGCACACUUACAUUUUUGUAAACAUAAACUGUUUUACUUGUAAAAAUGUGUCAUUUGCAUAACAGAUUUUUGGAGAAGUCAUAAAAAAAUGUAUGUGGUGGAUGUGGAUUUACGUUAAAUAUUGAUCCUCGACAAUGAAAACUGAAAGUAGUGUGGUGAAAAAGCUGAAAAGUGUUGAGGGUGGCUUUGUCUUAAUAUAAUAGCAGAAAUACUGCUGGACUUUGUCACCAUAUUAGUUUAGUGUUAUCUAAUGUCGGUCGCCCUAGGUCUAAUCUAUUGUCAGAUAAAACAAAUACAGUAGGACCUGCAUUUGCUCACACAUUUCCGUGUCAUCCCUGACUUGUCCGAAGGUCCAAACUGGCUUGUUUAACUUGGCAGCUAGGGGGCAGGUCCUGCUGUCUUGUCUGUAUUCACUUCAGAUUGUUUUGCAUGUAGCCGUUUGUCUCGUAACAUAAUAAAUUAAAAAUCAAAAAUUGGACAGCAGUUCAAACAUCUUUCAAGUCUUUUUGCCGCAUUACUUCAUGUUG